AUGCUGCACUCACGCUACUUCCUCCUCUCCAUACUCUCCCUCUCCAGCCACGCCAGGCCCCAAAUCCCCUCCAACACCGCCUCCCUCUCCGACCCGGCCGCAAAAAGUGCCUACGGCUUCACCACCUACCACUGCACGGACGACCAGCACGCGCGCCUCACCAGCGUGCUCCAAGAAAUCGAGCACGACAUGCCCUCCGUCAUCGCCGAAGCAAGCAAAGGCACCACAUCCGAAUACGGCUUCUCCCCGCUCUUCAAAACCAACGACAACAGUCCCGCCGUGCAAACCCUCUUCCAGCGCAUCGCCAACAGCAACACCCUCAGCGUCGGCGUCAUCACUUACCCCAUCACCUUCGUCUGCGUCAACCUGAACGACGAAUACACGAUUAAUAAGCUGAAGUAUUGGCAAGCGCACCCGGACGUCCCCGCCGCUGGCGACAGUAGCACGAACGACAUUUUCCUCUUUCCGCUGUUUUGGGAAUUGGAGAGAAAUCCGAGCAGGUGUCCGAAAUUGAGCGGAGGGAAGGCGACGCCGAAUGAUGGCAGAUUGGUCGAUGCCCUGUAUGGCGUUGUUGUACAUGAGCUUGCGGAUAAGUAUUUGCAUUUUAUGGAGUCCAGACAGCAGGCGAGCGAGAGUCCGGAGUUUUAUAAGAUUCAGGAGUGUGUGGAUUUGCCGGCUGAGAAGCAGGUUGCUAAUGCGCAGAAUUUUGCGAUGUUUGCUUGUGGUGAGUCUUUCCCCUCUGUUGUUGGAGAUAUGGGUGAAUUGUUGUUGUCCGGGCGCAGGGGCUAA